UGUCAGCUGUAGCAGAAGCCCUCUGCAGAGUACCAACCAGCUCGACAGAGACACCCGGAAGGCACGAAAGUCAAUUUGAGAGGGGCAGCAUGAAUCGCUUUAAGACCUCCAAAUUCAAAAACACCACUCCGAAAAUUGCCAAGAAAGAUGGAUGGAUCAACAACCUCCGUGCUGGUUCCUUCUCCUGCCAGGGGAACCACAUCAAAGCGAGCUCCAAGCUGGUGGCCUUCAACACCGAGCAGGCUGGUGGAGGUAUGCUGGGCCUGUCUUCAGUCAAACCAGGCUCAGAUGGACAAUGGACAGUCACCCAGAUCUCUUGCCAUUCUGAUCUAGUGACUGAUAUGGACUUUUCUCCUUUUGAUGAGAGUCUCCUGGCAACAUGCUCUGGAGAUGAGACGGUGAAGCUGUGGCGUUUGUGUGAUCCAGAGCUGGAGCAGCCCAGCAGUCCAGAGCUGACCCUGCGUCCAGCUCAGGGCAGGCUGGAGCUGGUGCACUUCCACCCCACCUCCUCUGGGUUGCUGGCUGUCGGCACUGUUAAGUCUCCCCUGAUUUGGGACACCAGUCGCCAGGAUGCACCAUUAGCAGUUCUGGAGCAGCACAGCGACCAGCUGCAGAGUCUGAGCUGGAAACAGGACGGCUCCCUGCUGGCUUCCUCCUGCAAGGACAAGAUGUUGCGAGUGUUUGACCCCAGGGCCCAGUUGACACCUGUUCAGAGUGCCAAGAGUCUUCAGAACAACAAGGAUUCACGCAUCCUGUGGGCCAAAGACGACUUUUUACUCACCACUGGCUUUGAUAUGAUGCGUAGUCGGGAAGUGAGGCUGUGGGACAGUAGGAAGCUGAGCUCUUCUCUCAACUCUGUGUCACUGGGCACUUCCAGUGGGAUGGUGAUCCCUCUGUUUGAUGAAGACACUGGUCUCCUCGUACUGGCUGGCAUGGGAGACAAGGUGGUCGAUUGCUUUGAAGUCUCUUCCUCUGAGCCUUUCCUCUCUCAAGUGAGUCACUGUCUUACGGAUAUCUCAACGCGUGGGGUUGCCAUGGUUCCCAAGCUGGCGUUGGAUGUGAUGUCCUGCGAAGUGAUGCGCGUGCUGCAGCUGACAGACAGCUGCAUUGUGCCAAUCAGCUAUCAAGUCCCUCGCAAGCAUUCAGGCCAGGAGUUUCAUGAAGAUCUUUACCCGGACACAGUGGGCACGACUUCAGCCAUCUCGGCUGAGGAGUGGUGGCAGGGAGGGAACAAGCAGGUGCAGAAAGUCAGCCUCCACCCAGACAAAAGACCCAAACUAAAGGUUCCGCCAGCAAAACAGAUGCCUGCAAAGAAGGAGGUGACCAGCAGGGGAAGCAAAGAGGAUCCAGCUCAUGGCUGCUCCACCUCCAGCAGUCCUCUGAGUACUCCCAGCAGCAGCGCUGUCCCAUCCCGCUCUCCCUCCUCCACCUCCGGCCUCUCCUCAGGCUUCCUCCCCAGCCCCAGCCCCAGCCAGAGCGCCAAGGCCAUCCAGAGCCUGCUGGGGCCCACCUCCAAGUUCCGUCACAUCCAGGGAGCAGUGAUGCACCGGGACACACACAUUACUAACAUGCGUGGCCUCAACCUGACCACACCAGGCGAGUGUGACGGCUUCUGUGUCAACCGCCAACGUGUCGCAGUGCCUCUUGCCAUCUCUGGGGGGCAGAUAGCCAUCUUUGAGCGCUCUCAGCCUGGCAGGCUACCAGACACAUCCCUGCCCACCAUCCAAAACUCUGUAAAUGUGGUCGACUUCUCGUGGGACCCCUUUGACGCACGCCAGCUUGCUGUGGCUGGUGAUGAUGCUAAGAUCCGGGUGUGGCAGGUACCAGAGGGAGGGCUGAAAGAGACUCUGACUGAGCCUGAGCUCAUCUUGCAAGGCCACACGGAGAAGAUUUACUCAAUCAAGUUUCACCCUCUGGCCAGCGGACUCCUGGUGUCUUCAUCCUACGAUCUCACAGUCAGACUGUGGAACCUGGAGAGCGGCGAGCAGGUCAAACUCCUCACUGGACACCAGGACCAGGUGUUUGGGAUGGCAUGGAGCCCGGAUGGCAAGCUCCUGGCCACAGUGUGCAAAGAUGGUAAAGUUCGAAUCUAUGAUCCUCGCAAGUCCACAACACCCGUGCAGGAGGGCCCCGGUCCCGAGGGCCCCAGGGGAGCUCGUAUAGUGUGGGUGUGUGAGGGCAAGUACCUGUUGGUGUCGGGAUUCGAUAGUCGCAGUGAGAGAGGACUCUACCUGUACUCUGCAGACUCCCUGUCCUCUGGAGCCAUCGCCAGCGCUCAAGUAGACGUGUCCCCCUCCACCCUCAUCCCUUUCUAUGACCCUGACACCAGUGUGAUCAUCCUCACUGGAAAAGGUGAUACCAGAGUUCACAUUUAUGAGAUCCUCCCUGAAGAGCCCUACUUUAUUGAAUGCAGCAGUUUUAACUCUCCUGAGCCACAUAAGGGCUUGGCCUUUCUGCCCAAGACAGAGUGCAAUGUGCGCGAUGUGGAGAUAGCUGUGGGACUAAUGCUCACCAAGACAACCAUAGAGCCAGUGGCCUUCAGAGUGCCACGGGUCAAGAAAGAGUUUUUCCAGGACGACGUGUACACGGACACAGCAGUGUGGUGGGAACCCAUCCUGACUGCCUCCGGCUGGCUGUCCGGCAUCAACGGCCAACACAAAAAGAUCAGCCUGAAGCCCAAAGACAUGACACCAGUGAGUGAGGCCCCCAAAGAGGCUCCAGUUAGGAAGUACCUGCCCUCGUCUGUUUACCUGGAGGAGAAGACUGAUGAACAGAAGAAAGAGGAGCUGCUGAGUGCCAUGGUGGCCAAGUUGGGGAACAUGGACGACCCAUUGCCACAGGAGUCCUUCGAGGGGGUGGACGACGACGAGUGGGAUGACUAAAAAGGACUUUGCUUUGCCUUUGCUUCAAUCAUGGUGCCAACAACAGACAGGAGAGACCAGUCUUUACAGUGCCAUCCAGACGUCCCCUGAGCUAUAUCUGCUAACGUCUCAGCCUACUGCACAAUCAAAGAAUACUGUACAAUGUGAACAAAUCUUCAACACAGUCAACAAAUACCCCAGCUGCCUAAUGUGGGAAAAAAAUCACUAUCUAAUAAUCACAAUCUAAAGGACCUUCUAAUAUUAGUACUGUAUUUAUGACAAUAUCUGUUUAGGUUUGGGAAAUCAAAUAUCAUGAUGUGUCGUUCAUAUUCAUCAUAUCAAACUGCAUGAAAUUUGAUAUGAAAAUCGUUUUCCGCUGGAAUUCUUAAAUAUUUCAAAAAUCAUUCUGAUCAAAUUUGACUUCGUAAUGGCUUUCUUAUGUUGAUGUAGACUACAAAAUUAUGUCACACUAAUGUUGAUAUUUAGAAAAAAACAUCCCACCAUAUGCAAUGAUCAGUAAAUACAUAAAAAUCAUAUAUUAGGACAGCUCGAACAUAUUUCUGGUAAACCACGGUUUCUAAGUCAGUGCAAGGUGAAUUAAACUGCAGGCAAUCAUAGCAAUAAUACUUCUGCUUUAUGCUACAUUACCAGUUAACUCAGUGGCUUAAACAGACAUAAUUAACACUGACUACAAACAACUUCUUUAAAAUAAUGGAAGAGCAUUUUAGCUGAACUUCAGGUUAUGUAUGUGGUAAAUGGCCAUGGUUUAAGCAUGAUAAUAUACUCUGAGUUGUCCUGAUAUAAAAAAAUAAUGGCCUCCUCUUGUGCUCAGUCUGUAAUAUAUAUUUUUUUUGAUAUCAGGAUACCUCAUCAUGUUAUCUGUGUGGACAUUUAUCUCCACAGUGGACCACUCACUUGCUUUUCUAGUCACAAUGUGUCUUUAGGAAUUUUAAUGUUACAAAAAAAAGUCAUGUUAAUGAGUAAAUAACAAUUGAACAUCAUGCAUCUGAAAAACCUUGUCUUCCUGUUUAGUCAGGUAAUACAUACACACACACACACACACACACACACACACACACACACACACACACACACACACAAAAUUACUGUAACACGUUCAAGCCUUCAGCAGCAAAAACCACACAGGAUACAACAGGGUCACCAGUGUUCAUGUUUGGCCAUGAACUGGAAUUUCUAAUGACAAAAGCAUUCACAGUUCACUUUUCUUUUUUAGCCAAUGUUAGAAUAAAAUGCCAUUUCAACAUGAAUGUGUAUUAUUGUAUUUGUGCCAGUUAGAUUGAACUCUUUUGCCAUUCAGAAAUAGUCUUGGAGUUAAAGGUCAAUAAAAAUUAAUAUUGUUUUGUAUUGAAAGCCAAACCACCUCCUUUUUUUUGAGUUUUUAGAGGAGCCUUUUGUUAACUUUAAUUCGAUUUUUCUUUGCUUUUUUCCCUUUUUCGCAGGACAGUUGAACUUUUCAUCAAAUCAUGAUCUUCUUUGGUUUUCAGACUGUUUGGGGAUAUAGUCCUCACUAAAUGAGCUACUUUUCUUGUCUAAUGUUAACUAGUAGUAAGUGAUCGUGGUGUUACCUAGACAACAACAGUACAGUAUUGAUAACUUACAAUGCAGCCAUGACAGCCAUCAUGUUAUUUCUAAUCAGGGCUACAGCAAUAUGAAUAAUCCAGGCUUCAUCCAACCGAGUUUGUUUACAACCUCUGAUGGACUGAAAUAAACCAACCAGUUCAGCCAUGCAUGAUCAUGCACAUCAUGUUGUUGUACACAUGAACUGCAGGUGUCGUCAGUGUUUGUGCAUUGUAUACUUUGUGCUUGUGAUUCUCAAACGCCAUACUGUGUAAUAUUUGGAUUGGAUUAAUUUGCCUUCCAUUGUGUUUAAAAAGAACUUCCUUUUUAUACAGUGAGUACAGGAGUGUAAUACUUGAGUAAUGGUUUGUGGAUAUUUUCAAUAUUGUCUUGCAAUAAACACCUUUUGAACCCA